AUGAGUGUGAGAGUGCAAAGACAACAAAAAUGUGUCAACUGUGGGCAUACCCAGUUUGACGUGAAUCGUUACACAGCAGCGGGUGAUGUGUCGUGUCUCCGAUGCGGUACUGUUCUUGAAGAGAACCCUAUUGUUUCCGAAGUUCAGUUUGGUGAGUCCUCAAGCGGUGCCGCCAUGGUCCAAGGUGCUAUGGUUGGUGCGGAUCAGGCAAGAGCAACGUUUGCUGGCGGAAGACAGAAUGCAAUGGAGAGCCGAGAACAAACAAUUACCAACGGGAAACGGAAGAUUAGGAGAAUAGCAGCAGCGUUGAAAAUCCCGGAUUUUAUUGCUGAAGCUGCUGGUGAGUGGUUUAAACUAGCGUUAACCAUGAACUUUGUUCAAGGAAGACGUUCAAAUAAUGUUUUAGCGACUUGUCUUUAUGUGGCGUGCCGUAAGGAAAAAACACCACACAUGUUGAUUGAUUUCAGUUCAAGAUUGCAGAUUUCUGUCUACUCGUUGGGAGCGACAUUUUUAAAAAUGGUGAAAGCAUUACACAUAACUUCGUUACCAUUGGCAGACCCUUCAUUGUUUAUUCAACAUUUUGUCGAAAAGUUGGAUUUCAAGGAUAAGGCUACAAAAGUUGCCAGAGACGCAACAAAACUAGCGCAAAGAAUGUCUGCCGACUGGAUUCAUGAAGGAAGGCGGCCGGCAGGUGUUGCAGGUGCAUGUGUGUUGCUCGCUGCUCGAAUGAAUAAUUUCAGAAGAAGCCAUUCGGAAAUCGUGGCUAUUUCCCACGUUGGACAGGAAACGUUGCAACGAAGAUUGAAUGAGUUUAAAAAGACAAAAGCGGCACAGUUAUCGGUGCAUAGAUUCCGCAACGACGAAGAGGUUGAGAGUGCCAAUCCGCCUUCCUUUGAAAAGAAUCGAAAGAAUGAGUUCAGGAUUGCUCGUGCUCUACAAAGGCGGCAGCAGGAAACAUUUAAUGACUUGGACAGCAUGACUGAGGAUGAAAAGAUUCAGUACUUGGGUGAUCUCUCCAAAGAUGAGCAACAAAAGCAAAUACUCAUGAACACGAUAAUGAGCGACAUCACAUUAAAUAAAGAAUUGAUCAAUGAUCAAAUUGAGAGAAUCUUAAAGUCCAAGCGUAGUAAAAUGGAGCAGUCGUUGUACAAGACGCCACACGAGUUGACCAAGGAAAAAGUGGAGCAAGAUGAUUUUGAUAGAAUCUGGAACAUGAAUUGGCCCAAAAACUUGGUUAAAAACUUGCCAUCCACCGAAGAUAUACUCAAGCUCGUAUCUUCUGAGGCAGAGUUGAAUUCAGAUGAUGACGAUGCAGUUGUUGAAGAGAGUCAAAUGACACCGGAAGAAGUGGCUAUGAAGGAACGUAUCUGGACGGGUCUCAACCACGAUUAUAUGGUGGAGCAAGAACGCAAGAGGUUGAAACAAGAAGCUGACGAAUUAACUGGAAACACCUCUGCCAACACAGGGACCAAUCGCCGAAAAAGACAAAAGUCCUCAGUACCGCCUGAAAUUCAAAAAGAGAUUGGCGAUAUUAUCUUGGAUGAAGAUGGAACCCCUAAAAGUGCUGGAGAUAGUGCAAAAAUGUAUUUCUCAAAGACCUCAGUAUCACGAAAGAUUAAUUAUGAGUCUUUGCAGGGCUUGUUUGGUGAAAAGUUUUAA